CGAGUACGAGUAUGUAGACUAUUUAUCAUUACGCUAACGCACAGUUGAGCACGGGACUGCAGCAAAUUAAGACGUAGUGCAUUAUCAAGGACGGGAGCGAUUCAAUUAGGCCACAAUACACCAUCAGCUUAUAUAAAUACAUAUAACAGUGCGUACAAAGCGAUAGUGAUUGAUUAGAAGUGCAAAGUGUAAUGGCACCACCACCACCACCACCACCACCUGGCUAUGGACCACCUCCACCGGGUCCACCACGGCGACCAUUAGUUAAAGUGGAAAUUAUACCGCCAUGGCGUAGGCGUCAUCACGACCAUCACCAUCAUCAUCAUCAUCAUUCGCCACCACCUCCACCACCGCCAAGUCAACCUGUUGUCGUGGUUGUGCCACAAGGUCAACAGCCACCGCCGCCGCCGUACUAUCCAGCACCAGGACCUCCGCCACCAACCCAACACUAUCAUAAUCCACCAGGCUAUUGAGGAACUUUUGUGCGAAUUUACGGAAAUAAAUGUAUUUAACGAAUGUUUAAUAUGGAAAGCAUACAAUAUUAUAUACAUAUGUACAUAAGUUCAUAAGUAUGAUUUCAUAUAUGCUUAGUUGUCGCGUAGUUUAAAUAAUUUUUAAAUGUUCUACAAAAUAGUAUUAAGUCUUUUUUGUCUAUUAUUAACUCAAAUAAAAUUUAGGGUUUAACACAAGCACAAAGAACUGUGUUUUUUCAUAUUAAUAACGGUGUUAUCAGCUGUCAUUAAGUUAUCAGCAUUUACUGAUUAUUGUAUCGCUGGUGUCUGUAUCACAUAUUUCAAACUAUUUAUAAAUUGUAAAGAAAUAAUAGAAAAUAAAUAAUAAUAAACAAAAAAUUACACAAUUUUUACUGUGGCGUUCAGUUUAGCG